AACCAUUUGUUUUCUUCACAAUUCCUCCGAUUUUUUCUUCCUUGAAUACACAAAAGCUUAAGUUCAAAGCAACUCAUCAAUGGUCAACAUCUUCCACAUCUACGACCAGGUUCUUCGUUGGGUAAUGAAAGCAGCCGGAAUCAAACCGGUUCAGCUUCAAAUCAAACCCGGAACCGCCAUGAACUUCUGGGUUCCCGCCGGAAAACCAAACAAAAACCACCAAAACCAUCCUCCCCUCCUUUUCCUCCAUGGGUUCGCCACCAAUGCCAUUAUGACAUGGCAAUUCCAAGUCCUGAAGUUCGCCAAAAACCACGCCGUUUAUGUACCGGACUUCAUGUUCUUCGGGGAUUCCGUUACGGAUCGGCCGGACCGAACGACGGAGUUUCAGGCGGAGUGCGUGGUGGAGGGGUUGAGAAAAUUGGGUGUGGACCGAAGGUUUGUUUUGGUGGGGUUUAGUUAUGGGGCGAUGGUGGGGUUUAGAUUGGCGGAGAUGUAUCCGGAAAUGGUGGAGGCGAUGGUGGUUACGGCGGCGCCGACGGUGCUGACGGAAAGGAUUACCGGAGAGGCAAUGGAAAAAAUAGGGUAUAAGAGUUGGUCUGAAUAUUUGAUACCGGAGACGGUGAAGGGUGCUAUUUCUAUGCUUCAAAUUGCUUCCUUUGAAUUUCCACGAUUUCCACGUUGGAUUUUCAAGCAAUAUCUGGAGGCCAUGGUUGUUCACAGAAAGGAGAGGGCAGAACUCCUUGAAGCAUUGGUUGCUCCAAAUGAUGUCACCAUCUCUCAAUAUCCACAGAAGUUGCAUAUCAUAUGGGGGAGAAAUGAUAAUUUGUUUGAUAUUCAAAUUGCUUACAAUAUGAAGGAGAAAUUUGGAGAAAAAGCAACAAUGGAUUGCAUAGAAAAAGCAGGGCAUAUUGUAGCAAUGGAGCGCCCAUUCAUCUAUAACAAAUGCCUUCAAAAGUUUCUUCAUUCACUGGAAGAUAACCCCUACGAAUGAUCCAUCUAAUUAUAUAACCCUUCAAGUACUUUUAUUUAUUAUAUCUAUAGUUGUAUUUUAAGUUCAACCGUACUUUUCUAGUCUAUAUUAUGUUUUUUUUCAAUCAUGAAUUUUAUUUAUUGUCACAAUCGAACAUAGUUCAUGUAUAGUUUUUUUUAUAUAGUUUUACUUUGUCUCUAAAUGCCAAAAUAUUACCCUUUGUCUCUAA